UUUCUCAAUGUUGAAAUUUGUAUGUUUUUGGACGGAUGUUUAUACAUUAAAACCACCUUUUCCUUCACUCACAAGGGACUUCUGUUGUACUGAUAUUUUAUUUGGUGUGAUUCUUUCAAAGAAAAAACAAGGACUGUCGUGUAAUACAAUAUUGUGUCUAGCAAAAUUCUUUAUUAAUAAAUCCAAAUAUUUAAAAACCAAACAAUAAUCGCGUUUAAAAACGGCUUUAAAUUGUAUCUGAAAUAUUUAAAACUGAUCAAGACCAAAAAUACACAAAUAAUAUACCCAAUCUGUCACUCUAUCUUGUGAAAAGGCUUAACCUUAUUCUCUUUAUCUUUGUAAUUUGGCUGCCCCGUGUUGGUAUGUUUUACACUUGAUUGCCACUCUUUUGUUAAUAAAGUUCUACUUCAAAAAAUAAAAACAAAGAAGAAACUACUAACCACUAACCUUAGAUUGUAGCGCCCCCUAAUGAUGGCGACGAUUACGACGUUGGCCUCCUUCGUCCAUUUUGGUUUGCUAAGCUAACCCAGAUAAAUGCGCUAAUCGCUGUGGGCCAUUGGAUCAACAGACAUGGACGACGGCGACGAGCUGGGGAUAGUUCUCUCUCACAACACCUCCUCUGGCUCGAAGUCCGGUGGGGACAAGAUGUUUUCACUUAAAAAGUGGAACGCUGUAGCAAUGUGGAGCUGGGAUGUCGAGUGUGAUACUUGUGCCAUUUGCCGGGUGCAAAUGCUUGUCUCCGGUGUCAGGCGGAAAACAAACAGGAGGACUGUGUUGUCGUCUGGGGAGAGUGUAACCAUUCCUUCCAUAACUGCUGCAUGUCCCUUUGGGUGA